UGGAGAAACAUAAGCAGGUGAUUGUGUUUGGGCUUUUUGUUUAGACUUUGAAGAGAAUAAGAAAAAAGAAUCUCAGUCACGUAUUCAUAGUCAGAUGAUAUCAAAAAAAAAUCAAAGUUCCAGACGAGUUUACAGUAGGCUACGUACGGAUCAGGGAACAGUGGAGAAGAACAAAAUAGCCCUACAUAGAUUGAAACGAGGGACAAAAAUGGUUGCUGCUUCCCUGUGAGCCUUCAAAAGUCUCGUACGGAUAGCUUCAAGUUGAAAAAAGAGUUCCCCAGAAGGUUCACCUAAAGCUUCUCCUAAUGGUUCAUUUAAAACGCCUGUUGUUGAUAAAAAUAAAGGGUGCCAGGAGAAAAAACAGCUGGUCGUUUGUUUUGGGGGGAUGUUGAUUGAUUUUGUGCCAAAUGUUGGUGGAAUUUCACUAUCAGAAGCACCUUCUUUUAAGAAAGCUCCCGGUGGAGCUCCUGCCAAUGUUGCUGUUGGGAUUGCUAGACUAGGAGGCUUUGCUGCUUUUAUUGGCAAGUUGAUGCAGGCAAACAUAUUACAUUAUGGAUCGAUUAGUUUGAUUGAGGAACCUUGUAGGUGUGCUCAUCUUGCUGCCAUGGACAUUGCUAAGAAGUCUGGUUGUCUCCUAUCUUAUGACCCAAAUUUGAGGUUGCCACUUUGGCCAUCUGCAGAGGUUGCUCGAGAUGGUAUUAUGAGCAUAUGGAACCAAUCCGACAUUACUAAGAUAAGUGAGGAGGAAAUCACAUUCUUGACUGGAGGUGAUGAUCCUUAUGAUGAUGAUGAUGAUGUUGUGCUGAAGAAGCUUUUCCACCCCAAUCUUAAGCUACUGCUCGUAACUGAAGGAGCACAAGGCUGCAGAUGCUAUACAAAAGAAUUCAAGGGCAGGGUUGGUGGUGUUAAGGUUGAAGCUGUUGAAACAACUGGUGCAGGUGACGCUUUUAUAGGUGGAAUCUUGAACAUUUUGGCUUCAUAUCCAAAUCUUUAUAAGAGGUCCUCAAAGGUUGUGCUGAAAAAAAGAAUGUCAGGUUGCUGCUUCCCUGUGAAUCUUCAAAAGUCGCAUAAGGAUAGCUUCAAGUUGAAAAAGAGUUCCCCAGAAGGUUCACCUAAAGCUUCUCCUAAUGGUUCAUUUAAAACGCCUGUUGUUGAUAAAAAUAAAGGGUGCCUGGAGAAAAAACAGCUGGUCGUUUGUUUUGGGGGGGAUGUUGAUUGAUUUUGUGCCAAAUGUUGGUGGAGUUCCACUAUCAGAAGCACCUUCUUUUAAGAAAGCUCCCGGUGGAGCUCCAGUCAAUGUUGCUGUUGGGAUUGCUAGACUAGGAGGCUUAGCUGCUUUUAUUGGCAAGGUAGGUCAUAGGUGAAGAUGAGUUUGGUUACAUGUUGGCCGACAUUCUUGUACAAAAUAAUGUUGUCAGUUCUGGCAUGCCUUUUGAUCCACAUGCAAGGCUUUGGCAUUUGUUACACUGAGAGAUGGUGGCGAGCGUGAAUUCAUGUUUUAUUGCAACCCUAGUGCUGAUAUGCUUCUUCACGAAGAUGAAAUUGAUGCAAACCUAAUUAAGAAGGCCAACAUAUUGCAUUAUGGAUCGAUUAGUUUGAUUGAGGAACCUUGUAGGUGUGCUCAUCUUGCUGCCAUGGACAUUGCUAAGAAGUCUGGUUGUCUCCUAUCUUAUGACCCAAAUUUGAGGUUGCCACUUUGGCCAUCUGCAGAGGCUGCUCGAGAUGGUAUUAUGAGCAUAUGGAACCAAUCUGACAUUACUAAG